AUGGAUGCGAGAGCAACGGUAAACGGCGUGUCAUUCAACUCUUCCUUGCUAAAAGGACCAGAUAUGCUGGCGUCAUUGCCAGCGGUUCUCAGCAAUUUUCGGAGGUUCCAGUAUGCUUUAGCCGCCGACAUAAAGGAAAUGUUUCACCGAAUCAAGAUACGAGAAGAGGAUCGACAGUUCCAAAGGUUCCUGUGGCGAGACCGACCGGACGUGGAACCGACAAUAUUCGUGAUGAACGUAGCAAUCUUCGGGUCCACGUGUUCCCCGAGUUCGGCCCAAUACGUCAAAAAUCGCAACGCACGGGAUUUUGCCGAUGACUAUCCAACAGCGGCCAACGCAAUCAUCCGCCACCAUUAUGUCGACGAUUAUCUGGACAGUUUCGGAACGAAAGAGGAAGCAGUAACAGUCGGCCGUGAAGUGAAGACAAUCCACGAGAAAGGCGGUUUUGAAAUACGAAAUUUCCUGUCCAACAAACCGGAAAUCGCCGAAAGUGUGGGGGCGCAAUCAACAGCAAUGGAGAAACUAUUCCAAAUAGGAAAGGAGGAAUGUUCUGAAUCUAUUCUCGGUGGUAACCAAGAAACAUACAACGCGCUACAAAUACACGUUUUUGUUGAUGCGAGUGAAUCGGCUUAUUCUAGUGUACUAUACUUCCGUGUGAAAACUUCGUACGGAGUGGAUACUGUGCUAGUAUCAGCGAAAUCAAAGGUAGCCCCGCUUAAAAUGCUCUCCAUUCCCCGUUUGGAACUUCAGGCGGCAGUGCUUGGAUCGCGACUGUUGAACAGUGUUAUAAAGAUGCACGAUCUCCAAGUAACCAAGCGAGUGCUCUGGACUGACUCCCGGACAGUGCUGGCAUGGUUAAAUUCCGAUCAUCGUAAAUAUCAUCAGUUCGUGGGCUUCCGCAUAGCAGAAAUCUUAACUACAACGGAAGUAGACGAAUGGCGGUGGAUUCCCACUAAAAUAAACGUAGCGGAUCUUGCAACGAAGUGGGGAACGGGUCCCGAUCUGAGUGGAAAUGGUGUGUGGUAUCACGGCCCGGAAUUCUUACGCCAGUCAGAAGAGUUGUGGCCACAGCAACAGCGAGAAAACUCUCCGACUGUAGAAGAGAUCAGAUCCUGCAACGUUCAUGGAUCUACCCCGCAACCAAUGGUGAACUUGGCUCGCUUUGGUCGCUGGGAGCGAAUUCAGCGAACAUUAGGGUAUGUGCACCGGUUCGUCGAUAACGUACAACGAAGACAACAAGGUGUUCCACUAGAAUUGGGGAUUCUCACUCAAACUGAAUUGGCUGCGGCGGAGCGAAGUUUAUGGAAGCAAGCGCAACACGAUUACUACCUGCGUGAAGUGGAAGAUCUUAGCGAGAAAAAUUGUACAACGGUGUCAAAAUCCAGCAACAUUUAUAAACUGUGCCCUUUCCUGGAUAAGUACGGUGUACUUCGUAUGCGCGGUCGGCUCGAUCUAGCUUUGUAUGUGCCAUACGAGGCCAAGUUUCCAACAAUACUUCCACAACAAUCGACAAUAACAUGUUGCAAAGGUAGCAAAGAGCUGUAUGUGGUGUCGUGUACGGAGAACUGUGCCGAAGUCACCAACAAUGGCUCCUUUGCCAAAAUGCUGGUGAAACAAGGAAGAAGUAACGCGAAGAGAUGGAUUGCUUUGUUCACAUGUCUGAGUAUUCGUGCGAUCCACAUGGAAGUAGCUCACUCUCUCUCAACGGAAUCCUGCAUCUUAGCGAUCCGAAGGUUCGUUAACCGUCGUGGGGCGCCAGCUGAAAUAUAUAGCGACAACGGGACAAACUUUCACGGCGCCAACAAUAAACUGCAACAGCAGAUCGCAGAACGCGACCAGACCCUAGCCACAGUCUUUACCAACACCAAUACCAAGUGGUCCUUCAAUCCACCUGGAGCUCCUCACAUGGGUGGAGUGUGGGAGAGAAUGGUCCGCUCUGUGAAAAUGGCCAUAGGAACGUUCCUCGAAGCUACCAGGAAACCGGACGAUGAAACGUUGGAAACGAUUAUCAUAGAAGCUGAAGGAAUAAUUAAUUCGCGACCGUUGACUUAUAUCCCAUUAGAGGAGCUCUAG